GACUCCUUUCUCAGACGGACACUAACACAGCAUAAAACGUCGCUAAUCUCCCUCUUUUAAUCCUUUCAGAGUCCGGCAGUCGCUCAGUAGCAUGCAAAAUAUGUUAACCAUUAUUUCUAACGCACUUUGCAGGAUCACCGGCCGGAAUGCGGGAGCCCAAACAGUGUCCGAGUUGCUGAUUGACCUGUCAGAGUACGUCAAUAUAACCUCACCAGCGGCACCCGCCAUGGCUAGGACCGAGCGGCAACCACCCAAACCACCACCAGUCAGUACUAGAGCAUCUGCUGCACAGUUAGUUAGCGCCCAGACCGACCCGCUAGCCGGACCAGGGGCCAGAGUCGUGGUUUCACGCUCCUUCGCUGACUUCACUUCUCAGGCAACCUUUGACAUCAAGAAAUGCGACGUGCACCGCCUGGAGGAGGGCCCUCCAGUGAUGGCGGAGCUGACGCGGGAGCAGGGCCUGCAGUACUACCGCACCAUGCAGACCAUCAGGCGCAUGGAGCUCAAAGCCGAUCAACUCUACAAACAGAAGAUCAUCAGAGGCUUCUGUCACCUGUAUGACGGACAGGAAGCGUGUGCCGCAGGCAUCGAGGCCGGCAUCAACCCGUCUGAUCAUGUGAUCACGGCCUACCGGGCCCACGGAUACACCUACACCCGCGGCGUGCCGGUCAAAGAGAUCCUGGCCGAGCUCACAGGUCGUAAAGGAGGCGUGGCCAAAGGAAAGGGAGGAUCGAUGCACAUGUACGCUCCGCACUUCUAUGGAGGAAACGGCAUCGUGGGAGCACAGGUUCCUCUGGGAGCCGGCAUCGCUCUGGCCUGUCAGUACCAAGGCAACAAUCAGCUGUGUGUCACCCUGUACGGAGACGGAGCAGCCAAUCAGGGCCAGCUGUUUGAGUCGUUUAACAUGGCCGCCCUGUGGAAGCUGCCGUGCAUUUUCAUCUGCGAGAACAACAAGUACGGCAUGGGGACGUCCGUGGAGAGAGCUUCAGCCAGCACCGACUACUACAAGAGAGGAGACUACAUACCAGGAAUCAGAGUGGACGGGAUGGACGUCCUGUGUGUCCGUGAGGCCACCAAGUUUGCUGCAGACCACUGCAGAUCUGGAAAGGGUCCCAUUGUGAUGGAGCUGCAGACCUAUCGUUACCAUGGACACAGCAUGAGCGACCCAGGUGUCAGCUACCGUACUCGUGAGGAGAUCCAGGAAGUGCGCAGCAAGAGUGACCCCAUCUCUAUGUUGAAAGAACGCAUGCUCACCAACAACAUGGCGUCUGUAGAGGAGUUCAAGGAAAUCGACGUGGCGAUUCGAAAGGAGGUGGAGGAGGCGAGUCAGUAUGCGACAUCAGAUCCGGAGCCGCCGCUGGAGGAUAUGUGCAACCACAUCUUCUCCAAUGAUGAACCACUGGAGGUCCGCGGGACAAACCCCUGGUCCAAGCUGAAGUCCGUCAGCUAGACUCACACUUCACACACACACACACACUCCCAAACAUUCUAACUUUAAUCAAAGGUAGAAUCCUCCCAGUACUGAACGAGGCUCCUUCACCGCACCAACACCCAGAAAUAAUCAGCACCUCUCUCUGCCUCGACUUUAGAUCAUUCCGCACCUUAAUGGGACUCGAAACCUGAAACCUGUCAGUAUUAUUUAUCAUUUUAUAUAGAUAUAUUUAAGAGUUAUUCUUUGUAUGUUUUUUUUUUUUUUUUUUUUUUUUUCUGCUCAACCCUGCCAAACAUCUGAUUGGCAUUUGUGGUGUGUCAGAAGAUCAGCCGUUCGUCUGUGUGCACUGUGUACUUUUACUGGUUUUAAAUACUGCAGGGCUGCACAAAAUACGCACAAAACUUUCCUGUUUUUUCCAGAUGUUUCUUUCCAACCAAAAUGGCAUGCAUGUUUAAAAAUGUCCUCCACAUUUAUGCAGCAUUUUGUAGCUGAUUUUAACCUUUUUUUUUAAAAGAAAAAGUUGAAGGAAUACUUAGAGAAGCUGUCUGAAACACCUCUCACUCCCAGAAACCAACCUGAAAAAUGUAAUGAUGAACACUGUAGUGUCUUGAGUCUUUUGACAUGCCAGACCCUCUGUGUUUAGUAAAAACAUUUUAUUUUUAGAGACGACAGGAAAGGAUUCAGUAUGUUUUCUGACAGCGAGCUGAAAAUACCCUACAGGGCAAGAUGAGCAAAAUGAGUUAAAAGGUGUUUGUAUUUAUUUUGCGUUUGUAGGAAUUUUACAAUGUGAUGUUUUCAGCAGUGUUGUCAGACAAUAUUUUAGCAUUAAAUUAAAGCUGUGAAUUGAAUAUUUCACAUGUUUGAUGAUGAUGAUGCUUUUAUCCAGAGCAGUAAAUCACUGACCUGCACCUCCCAACGUUAACCGGCUAAGUUCCAGUCAGCUACACUGGAGUUCUUUAAAUAUCCCAAAUGAUCUGUACCUGCUCGUUUCUGAGGAGUCAGAACAUUUUAAAAUCUGAAUCAUGUUGGUUGCUAGAAAGUUGGAAGAAGCGGUAAACUUUAACAAGAACCAGCCUCCUCCUCUGCAAGUGAAUAGAUGCACUUUGAUAUAUUAAUAAUAAUAAUAAUAACGCACAUUUUUAGAGUCUGUGGUUUGGAGGAUUAUGUGGCUGCUUCAUAUAAAGAUGCACUUGCAGCUCAUGGCUGGUUUUCUUGUUAAAUUACACAUAUUGGAAAACCUGAGGGGGGGAAACAGCAGCAGCGAUGUACCUCUCUGUACUUUACAAAAAAAGUUGACUGUUACUGACCUUGAACUUGUACAGAUAUGGAAGCUUUACUCUGUGUAUGUUGAGUGGUGUUAGCUGAGAGACUGUUGGCUGUACAAUAAAAGCAUAAAGAACGUGCGGAGAUAAAACA